ACUUCCUAUUAAAUGUAUACCGCUGAGAUAUUUACAUUAACCCAUAUUGUUCGUAUCCGUAUCUGGUACGGAAUGGUGAUAAAACUUUAAAGCCAUUUGUUCACAGCUUCUGUACGCUAUUGUGGUCAAACGUUUGAUUAUACGUUUCAGUGAUUUUAAUCCAUUGUGUUGUUUUUAAAUUAUACGUCAUCUGGAUAUAUAGCGACACUUUGUACGGAUAUUUCAGUAUAUAGACACAAGUAAAUAAUUAUAUGAGUGACUUUACAUGUAUAUACUUGAAAACUUGUUGAUACGAAAAGUGAUUAAGACAUCAACAUUUACAUACAUAUCGAGCGAGCUUUAUUAUCUAUUAAGUCGUAUGUAAAUUAUCCGAACUGGGUUAAAUGUGGACUUUAGAUCAUUUAAGAAUCACCAUGUAUUAGAGGACUUCUUUGAAUGGGAAUCGCCUCUCAAUUGCACUAAAUACAUUUUGCAAUACACUGUUUAUUAUUUACAGUUAAAUACAUGGUAGAUAUUUAAAGAGUUUAUUCAGGAUUAAAUAGGGAAAACUAUCGCUCAUGUUCUUCCUGAUGUACGCAGAGUGAUUGGAUUGGGAUGAAUUAAUACUGAAAACAACUUCCUCAUAUUGAAAGGACUUCAACUUAUUAACGGUUCAGCGAUGGAUGUGUGCGAACAGACGAACGAACGUCCGGACGGGUCGUCUGAUGAAGAGGAUGAUUACGUCGAUCCAAGAAUUCAGGUGGAGCUAGACUCUCUAAACCAUGCAAGUUCGGAAAUCAACCGUCUUGAAAAUGAGUUGGACGAGGCACGAACCAAGUACCGAAGCAUAGUCUCAACCACUUCCGGACAGAUGGAGCAAAUUGCGCAUGACCGGAAGAAGAGUAUCCAAAAAGCGCGGGAAUACUACAAACUUGUCACAGAGGCAAAACUGGCUCAAAGUGAGGCACUCAAGGCGGCCCGCCAAUAUCAGACAGCCGUUGGCGUCUGCCGGGCCGCACGAGAGACAGUAGCACUCGCCGAAAGCCGCCUGAAGCAGGAGGCUACCGGAGGUGCCGCCACAAGACUUACAUCCGCCUGGCAAGAGGCACUUAACCAUGGCAUUGCUAAGUUGAUGGAGGCGGAAGCAGAAAAGACGCAACGCGAACAGGAGCACCGGAAGCGGGCAAGCCGGUACUCGGAAAUGACAACACGAAUUCAGCUGCUCGAGCGGAAGUUCUCUAAAUCAAUUAAAAAGGCGCGCCCAUACUUUGAGCUUAAAGCAGAACUGGAUAUGAAACUUAUGCAACAGAAACAGAAUGUCACCGACCUUCACGCGGGGAUCAAAUGUAGCAAGAUGCGCUACACUGCCGCGCUCCGGAAGUUGGAAGAAAUUUCGGAGGAGAUUCACCAGGCGCGCCGGGAACGCCUCUGGGCCAAGAUUCCCCGGAUGCCGGCUAUUGGUGCGGACACGGAUAGCAUCGGGUCAUCGGAGUUUGAUACACAUUCAAUCCUGUUUGGUGGAAGCGAAGCGUUGGACGACACUGAAACCGAUACAGACAUCAGUGGAGUCGGAAGUUGUAGCUAUUUCCAGUAUGACGAGGACGAGAAUGAGACCGGGGAUCCCGAGAACGAAGCGGAUGUUCCGCCGACGGAUGACAGCGGAAUUUGUUUAGAAGAUUUGGAGAACAAAAUGGAUGACGUGUUUGUUAGUGAAAGAAGAGCGACGGUUGUUGAAAGAUCUCCGACGCAAGAGGGUGAUAAUAAAGAUGGUGAUGGAUUUACUGUCAUGGUUAAUCGAGAAGAAAGUGUAAGCGAUGAAAUUAAUGCGAAAAUAAAUAACAGUGUAACCGUAAACGAUGUAUUUGCCGAUAAACUAUUACUUGGUGGUGAAAUGGUGAACAACGAAAACAAUAGACAAGAUGCUGACAACAAUACAUCCGAAGCAGAUGAGGUUCGGAUAGCAAAGCAAGAAAGAGUUGCUGGACGGUUGCAAGAAGAAGAUAAUGGUGUUGGUGAUGUAGACAAAACUAUGACUGAGUUUGUCCAAGAAGGCGAUGACACUAGUGAUGUUGAUAAAACUAUGACUGAGUUAGUCUCAGAAAGCGGUGUGGUAUCUGAAUAUAGUACAUUUACAAUACCAAACAAAAGUGAACAAGAUGUUGAAAAUAGAAAUAACGCCCAAGAAAUGGGUAAGGGUGGAAAGAGAAAGACAAAUAGUGUUGACACUUAUGAAGGGGUUGAUUUAUCAAAUGUAGAAAGACCUUCACUUUCUGGCGAAGAAAACUGAAGAACCCCACGAAAUGGGGUUUAGCGUAAACGUGCUUUAGUAAAAAAUUCUUUAAGAUGAAAAUUAACUUUAAUUAUUCAGGUUGUAUGUCGCAUCGACAUAUAAAAUAGAAACACACAUAUUUUUGUUAUACAUUAAAUGUGUAAGUUUAUUUUGAAGACUAGGUUGAUUUCGUUUUUUCAAUAUGUAAAUGAGUUGUCGGUUUCUCAACUUUCAUCCUAAAUACACGCGAGUCCCGAAGAUACAUUUCUUGCAUUUACUGAUCAGCCCGUUAUCUGCUAGCUGGUAAGAAAAAGAGAUAAAAAAGAAUGUUUUAAUUAUAAUAACCAGCUGAAUUUGGUAGAAAGUAUUUUGAAAAUAAAAAUGAGUCUGUAAAUGUAAUGUUUGCGGAGGAAUAAUAGUUAAAACAUAACCCCAAGAUAAAAUAUAUUGGACGUUUGGAAUGGAACUUUUGACCCUUCACUUCAAUUCAUGGUCCACUUUAACUAACGUAUUGAGUUUCAAUCUGAGAUAAGACUCGGAACAAAGAUUUUAUGAAAUGUUAUAUAAAACAUUAUAUUGUGUGCUCAAAUAAACACUACUAAUUUAGGAACUCGUGAACUAAAUACAACUAUGUAAUUUAAUAACAGGUGCUGCAUCCAAUGAAAUGUAGCAAGAGUAUCAUAAAGCCCAAGGUUCUAUGCUCUGUCACAGUAUGUAGUUUCAAGUUGCACCCGCUUUUAUAAAUAUGUGAAUAAUUCCUUUUUAAGAAGUGUUUGUAAGUUUUAAUUUGUACCGCCCUAUAAGUAUUAUAUAAUACAGUUCUAUUUACAUGCGCCAAAAUGUCCGUACCGUGUGUCCAUGCAAGGAAGAGUAGUUGAUUAUUUUGCAAAUCUAAAAAAGAAAACUAACUCGAAGCGGUAGAAGAGCGCCUUGCACCACAGGUUGCGUAAUAAUGAAACGAAAUCGUGACAAACUUGUAGUAAAAGUGUUCUAACACGCUACCCCAUUCUCUGACUUUCGAAGUCUUUUCUUUAAAUACAAAUUAUCUGAUGAAAUAUAAAACAGCUGCACCACGGAAGUGUCUAUAUUGCGUACAUAAGUCUGAAAAAAUGUUUCUGAACAGGGUUUAUUAUUGAAUGUUCGAUUAUGGACCUGUUCUGGUAGUUUGUUCUGAAUUAUUGAUAAAAUGUAGGUUGCUAUUUCUUGGACAUCAUGUACUUGAUGUUUAGAUAGUAGUGUAAAUAUGUAUGUGCCUAGUCGAACCAGCCAUAGCCCCCUCACAUGACCUACUUCUCUAUUUAUAGAAUGUCUUUUGAUGUCCCCCGUGUAUGUGUUUUGCAUAUCGAUGAGCUAUACUCACGUAUGCAUGUAUCUAUAAUAAGUGUUUGCCCUACAUUGUCAGCCAAUCAGGGGCGCUAGAUUUUUUAAAAAUGUUUCAUUUCUUAUUUAUGAAGAAUCGUUACUUUUUUCUGAAGACGACUCUUCAGGAUUAAGUAAAUUUCUAUUACUGCGCAUGCGCAUAUAGCCACGCCUUUUGUUUGCAUAUGCAAAGGCACAUUUUCACUGUCAACGCUUAUUUAAAUGACGUUAUAAUAUAUUGAAUUGAUUUACAAGGCUUUUUGACAGGCGGACGGCUUAAUUCUAAAGCUGAUGCAAUCUGGGAGGGGCAAACACUAAGUCAGAUAAAAUGUAUUAAGUAAUUUCUUUGUGAAUGAGAAACCACAGUCGCUUGCGCUCUGCUUCCUAAGGUUACUUAUUCACGAAGAAAUUACUUAAUAAACUCCAACCUAUGUAUAUUUCUUAUAAACUUUGACCAUUUCUGAAUUGUUUUUGUACUAUAAAAUUAUUACGAAGUUUUGGUUUGGCUGAAUUGAAAGUAUGUUUCAUCAAAAAGCGUCUUUAGCCGACAAUCCUUUAUACGUUCUUUAAAAAAUGUUACGAUCUUCCCAUUACUACCUAUCAACCUUAGGUUAGAGUCCCUUUCAAACCUAACAUUUCUGUAGAGGCUAUAAAAAGUUGCAACAGAGAGAUUGUAUUAGAUAUGCUAACUAUUCAAGGUAAAUAUAUACUAGAUCAUGAAAGGUGUUUCUUUUGGGAAGUUUGUGUAUUUUUCUGGCAUGAUUCUCGACACUCACAAAUGGCGAAAAUUGCCUUUUAUCAAUCAUUAUUUAGGAUAGACAAAGAGAGCCUUCUUAACGUAUAUUCUGAAAAUAAAAUAAAAAACCUGUUGUAUUUUGGUUUGGAAACUCUAUGGGCAAUGGCUAGAUUAUUGUUGGAAUAUAGUUGGGUAUAUGUCUAAAAAGGUCGUAUGGCGACGUCAUUUAAUGUUCAGACAUCUAACCAACGUGCAUAAUCAACCAAAUUCCACGUUAAACCAAAGCCAGGAUCCAUCGUCUGUACAAGGUUUAGGCGUAAUCAAAUGUUUGCCGGAACAUUUUUACAUAUAUAUAAGCUUUAUGAGUGCAUUUUACAACUUCACAGUGUAAACUAAGAUAAUUUUCUUUGAUACUUUCUGUAUUGUUUUAGAAAAGAGUAUAAACGCAUACACUGCUUCCAGUGGAUGUUGUCUCCGACAAGGCUUAUUAGUUUCUAUUAGCCCUUUCGUUACAUGUUUGGGCAGUUAGAGGGUUGGCACAAGUUUAUCAUACUUUCAAACAAUAACUGUAUCGUAACUUCUUUUUUGUAUUAGGUACUCUGAAUUAUAUUCCUCCGUCUGCAGAUAUAGUUUGGAUCCCUAAUCAUUGAAGUACUUGGGGUUUACCUAUUAGUUUAUAAUUAUUUAUUUAAUUAUCAAGUUUCCUCCAGUUAAUGCAUAUGUUGAUUAGAUUUACCUUUUACGUUUUUAAUUUAUUCAGGAUUGUUGGGAGAAGAGUGAAGUUUGUGCACGUAAACUGGUUUAAACCUCCAGUAAAUUUACAUUUUACUGACCGUUCCAAGGCGGUACCUAACAAUCCUUGAUAGACAUACCUAUUUUUAUAUAGUACAUAUGCACUGUGUUGUUUGUGGAGUUUUGUGCUGUUUUUAUAUGUCCCUGGGUUGUGAUUGUUUGUUUUUGUGUUCUAUGCUUUUGGUGUUUACUCUGUGCCAUUAAACGGGGUUUAUGUUUAAACUUCAAGCUACUGAGCUUGUUUCUGCAGUUUUUCACAUUAGUAUUACACCAUUUUUAUUUCGUUUUUACCAAGCAGGUAACUUCAAAUGACGAAUGACAAUAUUAUGAUUUUGUAAGAUACUAUAUAAAUAUCGUAUGGCAUCCAGUGUGACUGUACAUAUUGUAAACAUGAGGGAAAUACUGUAUCUCGAGGCGUAGCAAACCCCAGUGUUGACAAUAUGUACUGUCACACUGGAAGCCUUGCAAUA